AUGUUACAAAUUACUCUAUGUCUGCUCACAUUCAACUUCAUACGAAUCUCCUUGGCUUCAUAUUGUGGACAAGCAGCGAUUCCUUUCACAUUCCAGGUUCUUCACAGUGGUCUACCAGUGUUAGGAUGUGCACGGCCGAAAUGUUUCGGAUGGAACGCUAAUGGGACAAGAGCGGGUGAAACAGCUCAGUUUUAUAGGAUCGACGGCAAAGAGGAUGGUUACCUUCGACGAUCCGACCAAUUAAUUCGUUCGCCUUUUCGUAAUCCGAAUAUGACUCCACGUGUGGCGAAAUGUGAGGAGAAAUUUAGUGAACAGGGAUGUGCACCUGGACAAUGGUUGGGUGGUAUAGCACCGAGAGGACUUAUUCAAGGAGCUACAGGGAUGCAGGUCCGGUGUUGUUGGUAUGCGCCCCUACUCGAUUCUGAAGAUAGAGGAAUAGCAAUGGUGACUAAUGGUCAAUUAGUAAUUGGUGGUGAGGUUAUGGACGGACGUGAUCUGAAUGGUUUCGACUAUAUCGCCGACGUGAAGGCGGAGACAACGAAACAGGGAAACGUUGUUUAUGCGGUGUCCGUUCGACGCAUGGAAUGUAAGGAUGAAGAUGACGAGUAUACACUUGAUCCUCAAGUCUCACAGAAUGCAGUCAUGCAAAACCUCGACGGUGAAGCACGAACCGCUAACAUGCGGUCCAUCGACAUCAACCCUGCAGCACCUCAAAUUCCCGUACAGGGCCCUGUCUACGCCGCUCAACCCCCAAAAGCUGCUUCACCGUACGAUCUACAGCUACAGCCUAAUUACGGAGUAACGCCGGCACCGGCUCCACGAUAUGUUUUAUCUCAAGGAACAAAUGUCGUUAAUGGAUACCAGCUUCAAACAAUCGAUUCUGUACCUGCCGGUUAUCAGCCCAUCAUGCAAUCUCAACAAUAUGCAGUAGUACAAAAUCCUCAAGCGCCUGCAAUGCAUGCAGUUGUUGUACAAACAUAUCCUCAAUAUGACCAGGUUCCUGCACCACCUCAGCAGGGUGCACAGCCACUCGGAAACAUUUUGAAUCCAUCAGUUAAUCCACUGAUGGCAUCCCCCCAGCAAAUGCCAGUACUUCUACAACAGCCCCAACCUCUGGCUGGACUAUUUCAACAACACUCGCAGCCACAACUACAACCUCAACAAGUUGUUCUACCUAUAUCUACCACUCCACUGCCUAUCCUUCCACCACUUACGUUCCCAACUCUGGACCAAAUUCCGAAAAUCGAUAUUCCAUCGGUGGAAGACGUCGAAAAUGUCAUUCCUCCUGUGCAAAAGGCAAUUCUAACGACAGUUGCAAAGUUUUUCGGUGUUCUGUAG